CAAUACAACACGAAUUACGCGGUUUCACAUCAGUUUUCCUGUAAGCGUGUGUACAUUUGUGACGAAAGAACAGGAUUUGACCAAAUACAUAAGAGAUACCAGAGUUUCAGUUGCAAAUAUCAAGUCCAGUACGGAUGCUUUUCAUGAGUAGCCAAUCUAUAAAGUGAAGAUGUUUUCAUUUGGUCAGACUACAACAGCCGCGCCAACUGCGAGCCUGUUCGCCAUGCCGGUAUCAACAACCACGGGUGCAGCAGAUCCCAAACCUGGCUUCACUCUUGGUGGUCAAGUGAUGUCCACUCCUUCUGCAGGUGGUCAGCCUGGGUCUUUAGGCUUCACACCUGGGGCCUCACUACAGUCGAAACCAGCUGGGUUUGCCACACCAACCCCCCAAACAAACACUGGAGGGUUCACCUUAGGUCAGCCCCUGACUACCAGUACCCCCGGCUUUACCUUCGGCCAGACCACUGCAGCGUCUGCGGCUACCUCCGCCACCACAGCAGGUACCACCGCACCAGGAGGGUUGGUACUGGGAACCACACCGGUCGCCACGCCCGCUGGAAGUGUCAUGUUCGGAGGAGGUGCCACAACAGGUAAAGCAAGCACCACCCCUGCAGUUUCAGCUGCUAAGACUACAGCAGCAGCAGCUACAACAGCUACAGCCCCACAGCUGCCAGCUGGCCUGAACUUUGGUGCAGCUGCCACAACAGCUGCUACAACAAGUGCAGCCAAACCAACAGCAGCCCUGAGUUUCGGCACCACUGCUACUACAGUCGCUGGUGGGGCCACUGCAGCUGGGUUGCUGCAGGGAGUUGCUGCAGUCAAACCGACUGCAAACACCACGUCCUUCUCACUAACAGGUGCCCAGACGUCUGCACCUGCAGCAAGCACAGCUGCAGCAACUACAGCUGCCAGUGCCACUAAGGGUCCGACCAUGACCUUCACCCAGCUGGAAGAGAAGAUCAACAAGUGGAGUGUGCAGCUGGAGGAGACAGAGAGAACCUUCCUGCACCAGGCCACGCAGGUCAACGCCUGGGACAGACAGGUCAUCGAGAACGGAGAAAAGAUUGUAGCCCUGAACGAGGCUGUCCAGCGGGUGAAGCUUGACCAGGGCAGGUUGGACCACGAGCUUGACUUCAUACUGGCGCAGCAGCGGGAGCUGGAGGACAUGUUACUGCCGCUAGAGGGCGCUGUGAAGAGCCAGGCUCCCUCCAUCUACCAGCAGCACGCAGACCUGGAGAGGGAACACACGUACCAGUUAGCUGAGAACACAGAUGCACAGCUCAAGAGGAUGAUGCAGGACAUCAAGGACAUCAUAGAACACCUCAACCAAUCAGGAGCCCCCAACACCAGUAACGACCCUCUCCACCAGAUAGCCAGAAUCCUGAAUGCCCACAUGGACUCCUUACAGUGGUUGGACCAGAAUGCAGCGGUGUUGCAGAGAAAAGUAGAUGAGGUUGCCAAACAGUGUGAGGUGCAGAGGAAGGAGCAGGAACACAGCUUCCGACUGGCUUUUGAGUGAUUCUAUCUUAACUUACAACAGUGUAGAAAUACAAUGUACAUGUAGAUAUUGUCUUUGUUGUGGGCCAAAAAAUUUCAACAGAGGGCUUUGUAAAAUGCAUCGCUGUAAUAGGAGACUUUUUUCUACACAAAAAUAUGCAUAAUAUGUCAACAUUUUGUCCUUUUUGUAUUACUGUUUUGUGUACAAAGCAGAAGAAUACUUCAAAUGUUACCUUCCUUAAAUCUGACUGUAGGAUACAAAUAUUAUGUUCCACCUGUGGUAUAAAAACAGAAAGGGGGGCAUUUUUCUGUUGCAACUUUACUCAUCAAUAGUUUUCAGAACAAUAACAUUAUAAGACAAUUGCACUAAUUAAAAAUGUAUAAAGUUAUCAAGGUUGCUGUGGUUGUCUCUAUAUUGUUAUGAAGUUGUUGUGAAUGCUAGACAGAUGUCAAUGGUUUGAUAUGAUGUUUCGUAACUUGAGUCCAUUUCUACUCAUAUGUGAUCUUUCUGUUUUCGACUAUAACCAGUACCAAUUGUCAAUCCAUUUCUUGUCCCAUGCAACUUGAUAAAAUAGGUUUUAAAAAAACAUAUUUCUUAUUCUUUGUAACUAACAAUGAAUCAACUUUUCUCAAACUGCUAGACUAUGUAUUGAUAUGCAAGGUCAAAUCUGACAGAAAUAUUAUGUUGAGUUUUCUUUCAAAGGAGUUUUUAAAACCUUCCUUUUUGAAACUAUGUCAUAUUCUUCUUCUCCUGCUUAGCCCAUAUUGCAGGGAUUAUUACUAAUAUUAUCAGAUUAUCUGCUUUCAUAUUGUAAUUGUACAUUGCGUUAUUCAUGAAACAAUUACCAGAAAAUGUAAUAACAUGUAAACGGAGCGAUUAAAGCACCAGACACAUUU